AUGAAUGAUUCAACAGCUACUGCAUUGGCUUAUGGUAUAUACCGAUCUAAUGAGUUCAGUGAUGAUACUCCAACAAUAGUAGCAUUCACAUCUGUUGGUGCAUCUCAUUUUGGUACAUCUAUCGUUAAGUUUACUAAAGGUCAUCUUACUGUACUUGGUGAGGCUAUUGAUACUACUGUUGGUGGUCGAUAUAUUGAUAAGAUCCUAAUGGAGCAUUAUAGUCAACAGUUUACUACUAAAACUGGUUUAGAUCCCCUUAAGAAUGCUAAAUCUAGAUUCAAGUUGGAAGAGGCUGUUAAUAAGGUUAAGAAGAUAUUAUCAGCCAAUAAUGAGGCCGUAUUAGGGAUUGAAUGCUUGUUGGAGGAUGAGGAUCUGAAUGUAGUCGUGACUCGUGAUAAGCUCGAGGAACUAUGUGCUCCGAUGGUUGAUAAGAUGCAGUCUGUGAUGAAUAAGGCAUUGAAGGAAGCUAACAUUACUAUUGAUGAUUUACAUUCAGUAGAGAUCAUUGGUGGUGUAUCUAGAGUACCAUUCAUACAACGUACUAUUGUUGAUACUCUACAUAAGGACUUAUCUCGUACUCUUAAUGCUGAUGAGUGUGUAGCACGAGGAUGUGCAUUACAAGCCGCUAUGUUAUCACCCCUAUUCAAGGUUAGGGACUUUGCCGUUACUGAUUUUACUCAACAAGGCAUUGAGGUAGCCUGGCAGCAGCAACAGCAGGCAACAUCUACUACUGAUAAUGAUGAUGUUGAAGGAUGUUCUUCUAUCAUCAAGAGGACUGAGGUCUUCCCACCAAGAUCUACACUUAAUACGGUUAAGAUGCUUACCUUCUAUCGUAAGGAAGCCUUUGAGCUAUGGGCACAAUAUACCAACAGUGAGGACCAUGGCGAUGAUGCAUCUCUUGGGAGAUAUACUAUACAAGUACCUCAUAAUAGUGAGAAUGAUGAAGGACCUAAGAAGAUUAAAGUCCGAGCUAAGCUCAGUCUACAUGGUACAUUCAGUAUUGAGAAUGCUAUUAUGAUAGAAGAGGAAGAGUAUCAAGUUGUAGAGAAGGAGCGUAGACGACGACGACCUAUUAAUAAGGAAACUAAUGAUGAUGAGAAUAUGGUAGAUGCCUCUCCUUCAGCAGCAGCAGCUACUACUACUAUUACCAAUGAUGAUGUGAAUAUGCAGCCUGCUGAG